CCCUCGGGAUUGCCUACAACGGUCGCGGCGUAGUCAAAAACGUGGACUUUGGCUGACCGCCGGCCGCUCAUUGGACGCUAGCGGUACCCAUGGUCUCGUGCUAGCGCAGUGCUGUCAAAUGGCUGCUAGUCCCAGCUUUCUAUAACAUCGGCGCGCCAUCAAGAACUGCCGCCCUUCGCCCAACGUCGUCUCCCUUGAAGAGCAAUGCCCUCCAAUACUCGCGUUUGGUUGAUAACCGGCACCUCCUCUGGACUUGGCCUCCACCUAGCGCGAGGCGUGCUCGAAGCCGGCGAACGUGUUGUCGCCACCGCGCGCAACCCAGCCAAGUCCUCAGGCCUCAAUUCUUUGCGGGAGCAAUAUCCAGACGCGCAACUCCUCGUUCUCGUCCUCGACGUGACGAAUGCCGAGCAAAUCAGGCAGGCUUUCACGAAGACGAAGGAGCAUUUUGGCCGGCUCGAUGUCGUGGUCAAUAACGCUGGCUACGGCGUGAGCGCGGAGAUUGAGGCAACGGCAGACGACGUUGCACGCGACCAGUUCGAGACGCUAUUCUGGGGUCCGGUGAAUAUCACGAAGGAGGCACUCCAGUUCUUCAAGACCGUCAAUCCGCCGGGUCACGGCGGACGCGUCUUGAACGUAUCAUCAAUCGGAGGUUACAGCGCCAAUCCGACGCUGGCAUUCUAUAACGCCGGGAAAUUCGCCCUAGAGGGCUUCACGGAGGCUUUCACCCUCGAGAUGCCGCCCGAGUGGAACAUCAAGGGCGUCAUCAUCGAGCCCGGAGGCUUCCCCACAACCUGGGAAGACACUAACUCUAUCCCACCUCACCCUGACUACUCCGCCGCCGCACCCUCUAACGUCUUCCGCGCGAUGAGGAAGGCUUACACGCCCAUUGGGGACUUGGACAAGGCAGCACAGGCCAUGAUUCGUAUCUCGAAGGAACCAAACCCGCCUCUGCGCGUGCAGCUUGGCAGCGAUUCGUUCGGGAUCUUCACGCAUGUAGCGAAGAAAGCGCUGCGAAAUGCGGAGAAGUGGGAAGAAUUCGCGCAUAGCACGAAUCAGGAUGGCAUCGAUGGACAGGAGGUGCUAAAGGUGCUACGUCCAGUACUUGCCAAGGGCGAUGAUUGAAAGACAAUGUUGCUACGAAGUUUAUAUCUAUGCGCUGACAUUCGCAACCUCGUAGGAGCCUGACG